AUUCGGACGACGUCGCAUGCGUCUUCCCUUAUUCACGUUCUUCGCGAAAAUUUGAGAUUUGAGUAAUUGAGUCUCGCUUCCCGGUAGUGCACUGUGCCACACCGUGGACUCGCGCAAAAAUCCUUAAUGUAGCAUCACAAGAAAAAAAAUGUAUACAUAUUUUUUAAUCAAUGAACACUUUCAUUUUUAGCUUUAUUUUAUAAUAGGUACAUUCAAAAAAUAUAUUCAUCAAUAUGCCUAAGAAGAAGAGAGGAAAUAACUGGUGUAGUAAGAAGCGUGUCUGGUAUGCUAAGAAGCCUGCUAUCAUGAAUCUUGCAGCUAUUUCUACAAAUAAUUAUAAUUUGUUGGUGGAAGGAAAAAAUGAUUCAUUACAAGAUACACGGAUGAUAGAGUCUUCAAAUGUAGAUCAGGUGCAGCCUGGUACUAUAAACACUCCAGGUCAAGGGCAGGAGUCAGACAUCACAGUAAAGCAGAACAAAUUUAAACGAAGACGUAAGAAGUCAAAUCUGAGGAGAAGAAAAAAACAUGGAAGAGUUCUUAAAGCAUCUUUGCCUGCUCCACAGCAACAAAUGGUUGCCUAUAUGGGUACAUCAAUACUCAACAUUCCUGUACAAUCAACAACAAAAAUCACUCCAAGUCAAGUGCAAGAGUCUGACAACACAGUAAACCAGAAGAAACGUAAACGAAGAAGACAUAAGACGAACUUAACUCUGUAUAGACCAAAAAAACACACAAUAGUUAUUAAAGCAUCUUCGCCUGCACCAAAGCAACAAAUGGUUGUCCAUAAGAGUACAGAAAUACUCAAUAUUCCUGUAAAAUCAACAACAAAUGUAAAAGAUGCAGAGCGGGAUGGAAUUAACCAGGAGAGAACAGAGAAUCAGUUAGUAGUCAAGGUUAAAUCCGAAAAACCGGAUACCGAUCCGUAUGUGGACAACAUCAAGUUUGAAAAUAUGCAGACUUUGAUGCUGAAUGAAGAGUUUCACAUCAAAUCGGAAUAUGAUGAAGACGCAGGAUUCUAUUCAAUGCAGGAGUCUCAAAAACUAGAAGAAAAACCACUUAUGAGCAGCAGGAAGUUUGAAAAUUUGGACGCUUCAGGGCUGCCUAAGGAAUUUUACGUCAAAGCUGAGAGUGAUCAAUGUGACUGGACAGCACAUACUGUGGAUCAGAUGAAAAUGGAACUCCAUGAGUCUAAAAAACUGGAAGUAAAACCACUUAUGAGCAUCAGGAAGUUUGAAGAUAUGGACGCAUUAGGGCUCCAUAAGGAAUUUGACAUCAAAGCUGAGAGUGACCAAGUUGUGGGCCAUGAUUGGGCUGAAACUGACUGAACAGCAGAUACUGACGAUCAGAUGAAAAUGUAGCACCAAGAAAGAACCACCUGUGUGCAGCAUGAACUUUGAAAAUAUGGAUUAUAUUUAUUUAUCACUAAUAUCAGGCUUGAAACUUGUUUUAAACUCUUAGUUAUAAGUAAUAAAAUAAUUUUUCAGAUUGGAAAUAUCAAACGACAAUGGAGCUCUUUUAUCUCAGGUUUACAAAUUAAAAGCGGAUUACUCCCUUUUUACAUACUACUGUUACAACCACAAAUUCUGCGACAUUGCCUCAUUGAUUCGCUUGGCAACAUCGCAUCUCGUACGUUCCAAGGCAAGGUUUCCACCUCCAUGAUUAUAGAUGACCGAUUUUGGUCAGUACCGAUCUAGUGCUUAUUGAGGAGUGUCGUGCUUCAAAAUAUUACAUGUUCGAAUAUAUCUCCAUUGGCAUCCCGCAAUGUUUUAUUGAAAGCUUUUUUAUAUAACAGCAGAGGUAGCAGAAUUGUCCGAUGAGCUGGCAACGCAGCAAUUCAGAGACAAGAAUGACAUGUUUUGACUUGACAUAUAUACAAUAUGGUGGCGACGUAUUUUAUGUUUUUGUAGGUUAGGCAAAAUAAAAAUACGUCAAGAAAUAUUUGUUUGGAGCAAUGGAUGGUGGUGCAGUAUGAAUAAAUUGUAUUUUUUCUGAAAAUCUACCGUCAUGUAUAACAGUAGGGACUAUGAUGACCCCGAAGAACGCAACCGACAGAUUAUGCUGGAAGGUACAAGGGUUUUAGAAAGAACUGGAGAAAGUAUAGCGAGAUCGGAGCAAAUAGCUGUAGAAACGGAGACAAUAGGAAACGAAGUUAUUUCCGAAUUGGGCCAACAACGAGAGUCUUUACUGAGGACGCGGGGCCGAUUGGAAAAUGCUAAUACACAGCUGGAUUAUACCAAAUCGGUGUUGAAGAAAAUGGGGAGAAAUGUGAUCUACAACAAGCUUAUACUGAUAUUGAUAAUUGUAAUUGAAGUACUAAUCCUGAUUUCGUUGUCAUACCUAAAGAUUUUUAAGAAAUAAAACUAUAUGUGAUAUGUUUUAUCAAAUAUA